AUGUUCCCAGCCAAAACUGUACAUUCCACCAAAGCAAACCAGCAAGCAGAAGCAGCGAUUCUGUGCUGCCUGUGGGAUGAAGGGGAAGUCGAAUGGUCCAGUUGUUCAGUUGGAAAUGGCAUCUCUGAAAAUGAGCUUGACCAAGUGCAAUACAUCAUCGAGACCGUCGUCGAUCAGCUCGCAGAUAAUCCUGACCGUAAAUUUAUACAAGUCGAACAGGGGUUCUUCUUCUUAUGGUGGCAGCAGCAGGGCGAGACAAUGAGGAAUAGAGUCAGGAAGCUUGUCGCUUCUGGUCAACUUGAGUUCAUCAAUGGCGGGUGGGUGAUGCACGACGAGGCGGUGUGCCACUACACGGACAUGGUGCACCAGAUGUCCAUGGGCCAUCGCUUCAUCCAGGAGCACUUCAACAUCACUCCGCGUGUUGCAUGGCAGAUAGACCCCUUCGGCCACUCCGCCACCCAGGCUAGCCUCAUCACCUCGCAGGGUGGCUUGGAGGCCUUUAUCUUUGGCCGAGCGGACUAUAAAGACAUGGAGAAGCGCAAAGCAGAGCAGAAGAUGGAGUUUGUGUGGCGGGCGGGCACAGGUGCACCCAGUGAUACACAGGUGUUCACCGGGAUUCUGUACGACGGGUACUACUCGCCACAGGAGUUCCGGUACCAGCAGACAGACAGCCCAAUCUACCGAUUCCGGGACUGGCCGAACGAGAGAGACCCCAACGUGGAGCAAUUUGUGAACUUCUUUGUUCAGGAGACAUUAAACAGGGCGCGGGCCUUCCGCACGAACCAUCUGCUGUUCCCGAUGGGCGAGGACUUCUCGUUCAACGAGGCCAUCAUGUGGUUCAAGAACAUGGACAAGCUCAUUCACUACGUCAACCUGGAUGGCCGGGUCAACGCCCUCUACUCCACGCCGUCCCUCUAUGUGGACGCCGUUCAAAAGGAGAACAAGACGUGGCCUCUCAAGACCGGUGACAUGUUCCCCUAUGCCGACGCCCCAAACUUCGUCUGGACGGGGUAUUUCGCCAGCCGGGCAAACUUCAAGCGUUAUGCCCGCGCCUGCAGCUCCCUGCUGCUGGCGACCACAAUUCUCGAGGCUGCUGUGGGCAAGACUGCUCUGAGGGACUGGGGGCUGAAAACCAACAGAAUGAUCGCUACAGACGAGUUUCUGUUCGACAAUCACCUGGGAAAGAACCUGAAAGCCACCAGCAGGGCGGAAGGGGGCGAUAGUGGUGGAGUUGGGGGAGAGGGUGGGGGAGGAGGGAGUGGAGAAGGGGGAGUGGGAGGGAAUGUUGAGAGUGGUGAGUGGGAGGAGUGGGAGCAUGUGGGUGCAGGUGCGAGGAGGAGGAGGGUGGCGUCGACGUUCCCUUUGGAGGAGGCAGUGGCGGUGGCACAGCAUCACGAUGCCAUCACAGGCACGGCCCAGCAGCACGUGAAUGACGACUACACGCUCCGCCUGCACCGAGCAGCACAGGAGGUGAGGAAAGAGGGGGAGGGUGGGGGUGGAAGCGGUGGGAAGAGUGGUAUGGGGGGGUUGGGUGGGGUAGAGCAGCAAGUGAAUGUUGCCCUCAUGGCCUCCACUGUAGUGGCAGCUGCUCUUGUUCACCUCAUCACCCAAGCAGCCCCCACCACUCUCCCGCCGCGCUCCUCUUCCCCAACGUCCAGCUCAACUCCCCAAGACCCAUCUCGAGCCUUCUUCACACCCACUGCUGACCCAACAAUGGGGCCCUCAGACUUCCCUCCCUUCAAUGACCCCACACUUGAUCCUGCUGCUCAGUUACAAGCCCAGCCAUGGGAUCCUGUAGACCCGAAUCAGCCCCAGUCGUUUCCUGAAAAGCCAACCCUCGAAACUGCCAGUCCAUUUGAUCCGCCUAUGCCAGACGGUAGCGAGCCUGACCCGCUGUUCUCUCAACUGCACCCAGAAUUGACUCAGGGUGAUGCAGGCUCGAAUGAGGGAGAGCCGCAGCACUCAGUGGAUGUGCCAUCGUUCUUCCCUUACAAUCGCCAAGUGCCCCCUGUAGAAGAGACACUCCAGUCGCAGCAGAGAGUGCAAUGGACAGACGAGAAUGCUCAGGAACGACCCACAGGGCCCGUUGAUGUUCAUGCUCCACAGGAGGAUGUUUCACCUGGGAGACGGGGGCAAGAGAUGUUGCUGAGUGGAAGGGAUACCAGCACAGCGGGAGAGAGUAGCAGAGUGGUGGGUGGGGAAACGGGGAGGGUAUGGAGUGGCGCAGGCAGCAGCAACAGGGGAAGGCGGCUUCUGAGGGAAGGAGGAAGUGCAAGCGAUGUGCGUCAAGGGAAGGAGGACAGCGAGCAAGCGAGCACAGAGGGUGGUGAUCGAAGGAGUGCAAGCGAGGGAGGGGCGACGCACGAUAUGCCUGUGCUGGACUUCCAAAUGUGUCCGCUGCUCAACCUCUCCUUCUGCCCCCCAUCUGAAACCAACCUCGGCCAAGACCACGUGCUGGUGGUGACUGUGGUCAACCCACUAGGGUGGCCUCGCACCGAGAUCGUUCGGUUUCCGGUGUCCUCGCCAUCAGUCCUCGUGACAGACUCGUCCAACUCCCCCAUCCCCGCUCAAAUCAUCACCGAAACCCUCGUAGACCCCAACACACGUGCCUUCUAUGUUGCUGCAUACACCGGCCAGUUGCCCCAGGAGCCCCAGCAGUCUCAGCAGCAGCCCCAGCAGCCAGGGCAGCAGGAGGGGCAAACGGAUGGGGGUCAGGUGCAGCAGGAGGGGCGGGCUGUGUCAGUGGUGUUCCGUGCUGAAGUGCCUCCUCUUGGUUAUGCCACCUUCUUCCUCACUGCCGUGCCACCAGGCACAAAAGGAGCGGCUAUCAUCAGCACUACAGAGUCUGCAACAGUCCCCGCCCUCAAAGGCCCCGCAGGUCCUUCCUCUGAAAACAUCGUUCUAGGGGGCUUCAAAGCUGCUGGCGAGGCUACCGGUGCAGGCAGGGAGGGAGACACUGCACUGCGAGUGACGUUCUCCAAGGCAGCGUAUGUCAUGACGCAGAUGGAGCUCGUUCGACAGGCAGAUGGCGGACACGUGACUGUGGAUGUGGCAAAGCCUGUCAGGUCGGACGUACUGGAGUAUGCCACACAAAAGGGUGGUGCCUACAUCUUUGACCCCUCUGCUGAAGCAGGCAACCUGUCUCAGAAAGACGACCAGGUGUCCAUCCGUGUUCAACGUGGACCAAUCGUGGAAGAGUUCUCUCGGCAAGUUGCCCCAUGGGUUUCAGAGACCUUCCGGGUGUACCCAGGGUGUGACUAUGCCGAACUGCACUAUGUGAUCGGGCCUACCCCUGAUGACAACAAGGGUCACGAGGUGGUGACUCGCUUUUCAGCCCCCAUCAGCAGCUACAAGACGUUCUUUACUGACUCCAAUGGCAGGCGGUACCUCAAACGGAUUGUGGACCAUCGUGCUGAUUGGGAGCUUACAGUCACCGAUCCCAUCGCAGGCAAUUUCUAUCCGGUGACGGUGGGCGCGUUCAUCGGGGAUGGCGAGGCGCAGCUGUCGCUGCUGGUGGACCGAGCAGCCGGUGCUGCCAGCCUGGCAGCCGGACAGCUCCAAGUCAUGCUGCACCGGGCACUGGUGACGGUGGACAUGAAGGGAGUGGGGGAGAUUCUCAACGAGUACAUCGAAUUCAACGGCAACAGGGAGCGCCUCAUGGUCAUAGGCUCCAUCCGCUUUGGCUUGCACCCAGGGGGCAGCACAGGGGUGGGAGAUGAGGAGCACGAGGAGGAGCAACCUACAGCAACCACUUCUGCCGUUGCCCCUGCUGAUGCUGACGCGGCCGCUGCAAACCCCCAUGGAAGGCGAGGGGCUGAGACAGACGGAGGAGGGGGCAAAGAGGAGGCGAAUCAGGGUUUCUCAGAGAUGGGCCGGCCUCGGGAAAGGCGUGGCGGGGAGAGGCAGGAGGGAGAGGGUGGGGGGAAGGGGCAGGGGGCGGAGUGGAGGAGGGUGCAUGCCCAGCGCCUUAUUGCCCCUCUGCAGCUGGCGUUUGCUGUUGAGACAAAGGAGGCCAUAAGAGCAGCGGAGGCAACCCACAGGUGGCGCUACUCCAUCUCGCAGGGAGCACGUGCCAGCAAUUCCCGCACACCCAAGUCUGCUUACUCCCUGCCACCCAACGUUGCUGUCAUCUCCUUCCAGGAGCUGUCCCCAAGGAGCAUUGUGCUGCGACUGGCGCAUCUGUACGAGGCUGAUGAGCAUCCAACACAGUCCAGAAUGGAGCGCGUAGACCUAAGGCAACUCCUUUCAUCGCAAAAGAUCCAAGGAGUGACAGAACAGACCCCAUUCGUCUCUCACUCCCCUUCCUCCCCUCACCUUCAACCCCCUCCCUUCCCCGCUUUCCCCCAGCUCGCAUGGCGGCUGAGCGACGACCCGCCCAAGCCUGACGACACAGAGGAGGAGAGGGACCCGGCCUUUAGGUCGUCCUUUCCUACCUCAUACCCCCCACAUCUCGCAUGGCGGCUGAGUGACGAUCUGCCCAAGCCCGACGACACGGAGGAGGAGAGGGACCCGGCCUUCCGGUCGUCAGUGCGGUGCAAGAUCUUUCUGGGCUUCACAUCCAACCUCAUGAGCUCGGGGCUCCGAGAGACGUUCUGCUUCCUGGCAAAGCACAAACUGGUGGAUGUGAUAGUGACAACAGCGGGGGGCAUAGAAGAGGACGUGAUAAAGUGCCUGGCGCCCACUCUCCUGGGCGAUUUCUCCCUCCCAGGGAAGGACCUGCGGGCCAAGGGGCUCAACCGCAUUGGCAACCUGCUGGUACCAAAUAACAACUAUUGCCUCUUCGAGGACUGGGUGCUGCCCGUGCUGGACGCGUGUCUGGAGGAGCAGAAAAACCAGGGCGUGGUGUGGACGCCCUCAAAGCUCAUCGACCGCCUGGGGAAGGAAAUCAACCAUGAGGAGUCGGUUCUCUACUGGGCCCAUAAGAACGACAUCCCGGUGUUCUGUCCAGCCAUCACGGACGGGUCCCUGGGUGACAUGAUCUACUUCCACUCCUUCCGCUCACCGGGGCUCCUCAUUGACCUCGUGCAAG